UUAUUAGCUGAAAUGACCACCAAGCGGAUUUGUCUCUUUGACGUAGACGGCACACUAACGAAGCCACGUCAAGUAAGAACGCCAAUGAUCGAGUGCUUGGAACAAGUGCGUUGUAGAGGAAUUCCGCUAGCAGUUGUUGGCGGGUCGGAUAUGCCGAAGAUUUUGGAGCAGCUGGACUGUAAUAUUCAUAAUGAGAAGUUCAGUUAUAUCUUCUCAGAGAAUGGAUUGGUUUCUUAUAGGGGAAAGGAUAUGCUGCCAGUAAAGACAAUUCAAGACGAGAUAGGCGAGGUGAAGCUGCAAAAGUUUAUCAACUAUUGUCUUUCUUACAUGUCAAACCUUGAGCUGCCAUGUAAAAGGGGAAACUUCGUAGAGUUUCGAAAAGGCAUGUUAAACAUAUCUCCAAUUGGAAGAAGCUGUUCGCAAAAGGAGCGCGAAGAGUUCGUCGCGUACGAUGAGGCACAUCGUAUACGAUCGACGUUUGUAGAAGAUAUGAAACACAAGUUUCCUUUGGAAGAGUACAGUCUUCAGUUUUCUAUAGGCGGUCAGAUUAGCAUUGACGUGUUUCCUGUUGGUUGGGACAAACGGUUUUGCUUACAGUACCUCAUAAAUGACGGUUAUAGCGAAAUAUAUUUCUUCGGUGACAAGACUGAGAAGGGCGGAAAUGAUUACGAAAUCUACAGCGACGAACGUACCAUUGGUCAUCGUGUUUCUUCACCUGCUGACACAGUUGCUCUGCUGACAAAGUUGUUUCUUUAG